AUUGCCACUUGGAUAAAAUGGUCAUUUUGCGUUAUGUAUUAAGACAACACGCGGAAAUUCCCACACAUCACGUGACGACGUAGUGUGUUGUCGUAAGCUGCUCGAGCCAUUUGUUUAGUCCAGUCCGUUAUUAUUAAACAUCCAUGGUCCAGACCAGGAGAAAGAGGAGGGAGAGUUAACGUUAAUGUCGGCCGCUACCCUGAAAUAAACUAAUUAAAGAUUGUUCUAGCAGCAGAGUGCGCCUCCCCCCACACGAUGUCCCAGGAGAAGAGCGGAUACCCUAUUAUGGGGGAGAACAACCCACUUCAUAACAACGUUUAUGGACCCCCUCAGCCAGGUUUUGGCAUGCCACCUCCAAACUACAGCCAAGCCCCAGGAGGACCGUACCCACCAGCAGCUGGCUAUGGACAGCCGGGCUUCCCCCAGACAGGGCCAGGUUUUGCCCCUGGUCCCUACCCUCAGAUGCCCUACCCACAGGGACCUUACCCACAGGGACCUUACCCACAGGGACCCUACCCACAAGGACCCUACCCACAGGGUCCUUAUCAGCAAGGGGUCGCACAGCCAGGCUUUCCCGGUGACCCCACGGAAACUGUCGGCAGUGUUGGUUACCAUGGUGAUGGGCCUCCAUCUUACUACGACAAUGAGGAGUUCACCAACUCUGGCUUAGAGGACAAGAGCAUCCGACAAGCGUUCAUCCGAAAAGUCUUCAUGGUUCUCACAGUGCAGCUGACGAUCACUUUUUCCUUCGUUGCAGUCUUCACCUUUGUCAAUGAGGCCAAGUUCUUUGUGCGACGUAAUCCAUGGACAUACUAUGUGUCCUAUGCAGUCUUCUUUGUGUCUCUAAUUGUCCUCAGCUGUUGUGGAGACUUCCGCCGUAAGCACCCCUGGAACUUGGUUGCACUGUCCAUCCUGACCCUGAGCCUCUCCUACAUGGUGGGCAUGAUCGCCAGCUUCUAUGACACAGAGACCGUCAUCAUGGCCGUGGGCAUCACUGCAGUGGUCUGCUUCACUGUCGUGCUCUUCUCACUACAGAGCAAGUAUGACUUCACUUCCUGUCAGGGCGUGCUGUUUGUGUGCCUGAUUGUGCUGUUGCUCUUCUCCAUCCUCUGCAUCUUCAUCCGCCACAGGAUCCUGCACAUCGUCUAUGCCUCGCUGGGGGCCCUGCUCUUCACCUGCUUUUUGGCUGUGGACACUCAGCUUCUCCUGGGCAACAAGAAGAUGUCUCUGAGUCCAGAGGAGUACGUUUUUGCUGCCCUCAGCCUCUACACCGACAUCAUCAACAUUUUCCUCUACAUCCUGACUAUUGUGGGACGCUCCCGAGAAUGAGGCUGCAGCUUAGAAAGAACAGGAAUGCGAUCUAUAGAAUGCCUCCAUUAAUUGUGAAUUGUUGCUAACAUGGUCUCUAACUCAAACGUUUUCUUCACUCAGGCAUGUGUGCUGUGGAGCAGAUGCAUUCUGUCAUAUAAUCCAGCUGAGGGACACUAUUUAUUUUAUUCAAAUUUUGCCAUUAAACACAGAAGUAUACUUCCUCCCUUCUUUUUAUGUUGAUCACUCUGCUUGCUUUUACUGCUCUCUGCUUCUACUAAGACAUGGCUACAUUACGUAUCUCCCAACUACCAGUUCUGCUCUGCUCAUUUAGUGUGAAAGCUGUUCUCUUGUGGAUGCUUGGCUCGCAGCCUUGCCUUGCUGCAGAAAUUAAAACAGAAAAAUACAGGGGAAGGUAUCGACAGCGCCUAAUGAUGAUGCAAACCAGCUUUGCCUGAAGAGAAGUCAGUGCAAGAAAUACCCUCCUCCUUCAAUCUGUCUGUUUUCCCAAACAUAUCUCUUAGUAAGUAACUCUGCAUGGCAACAAAACUUAAGAUGUGUUAUGAUUCUUUAGAACUACCAGAGGAAUACCUUUUUAGCUUGCUUGUCACAGCUGUAAAUAGUUAAUAGUUAAUGUAUUACUGUGUAUGAUUCCAGUGACCCCAACCCCUGAAAAGGCAUGCUGGAGUGAUCCAUAUGAAUGUUGCUAUUUUGGAACAAUUUGCUUGGAUGUCAAGACUUCACUUACACAGUACAGUUACUAAACUAUUUUAAUGGAAAAAGAAAUGAUUUCUAUGAUUGCAAAGCUGAGAUGUCCCCUUACCUUUUUUCAUGUUGUCAUUACCUUCGUCACUAAUUUCCUUUCUUCUGGAUGCUAACGUGAAGUGAAAAUGUAGUGCUGUAUUUAUUUUUUCUGAUUUCAACUAAUGUGAAAGAUUGAAGUAUUGGAAUUUCUGACCACUUCUAUACCAAGCUAAUAUAAGUUUUCACUUCUAAAUUUUUACAUUUGAAGAAACAGAUGGACGACGGAUUUAUAACUCAUCGAUUGAUUGAAGUUAAUGUAGAUAACGGGUUGCUUUUGAGGAUGCUUUGAGAAAGUGUUGAGGAAAACAAACUUGCACUGUUUGUAAAUUUACAUAGACUUUAUCACUUAAGGUGAUUGUGAAAGCAUCACAUACUGGUUACGCUCCUAGGGUAAAGGAAUCAACAUGCACUGGAAGCAAAAAAAUACUCCCUGCACAUAAACACACACAACUUGAAUGGUAUAUUUACCAUUAAUAUUUUUUAUUUGUACCUAAUGUUUUGCUUUUUAAACUGCUGCAUGAACCUUUCCUCUCAUUUUCAGGCAUUCCUGCUUUGGAGAGAACCAGUGUUGUUUAGCAACCCUGUUAGACGUUCUUUCUUUUUUUAAUUCUUGUGUUCAUCUAACUAACGUGUACUGUACAUUGAACUCCUUUUAGUGGUUUGAUGUGUAUAGAUAAGGAAAUUGUGGGGCGUUGUAGGUCUGUUUGCCUUGUACAGUAUAUUUGCAUUAAAUUAAAAUGGAACCAC